CCGGCCACUGCUCGCUACUCGAUUCGUCGCGCAGCUGGAGGCAGCUCUCUCAUGGCCAGGGCCACGGCCAGGACCAGCCGCGCGAGCGGGGCGGCUCGAUUCCUGCGCCGGCAACGUGCCGACCGGAUGAGCGACCUCUCCGACGACCUGCUCCUCCUGGUCCUCCGGCGCCUCGACACCCGCACGGCGCUCGGCGCCGGGUCGAUCUCCAGGCGCUGGGCGCACCUCCCCCGCGAGCUGUCCGCCUUGGACUUGAAGGUAAGCGACAUACUCCCGCCGCGCUACCACCGAUGGGUCCUCCUACACCGGGACAUCUACAGCAAAGUAGCAGCGCAUCUGCAGUACAGACGCCACGCCGUCAGACUGGAGCUCCUGCCUAACAUCAAGAGGUACGAGCGCCGCGCCAUGCGCGCCUUGAACAGAUCCGUCGAGAGCCUCUUGCAGCAAGGACCUCGCUCUCGCCGGGGGGUCCUCAAGAGGCCGAGUCUUGAGUUCUACACCACCGGCAACGGCUCCUGCAUGAACCGGCUCAUCGCGGAGGCCAUUGAUGCUUGGGGCGUCGAGGACAUCGACGUCAUCGCCAAGCCACUCUACUAUGAAGCAGACGUCGUCCACGCCUUUCCCAGCCAUGGCAUGUGCAGGGAGCCCGGCGCCGCAUUCCUGCGAAGCCUCAAGCUUGGGGGCUGCCUACUCCCGCCGCUGCACGAGUACAGCGCACUUACCAUGCUCGUCCUGCGAGACAUUCCGGAAUCGACGCCCCCGGCCGCCUACGAGGCUGUCUUCACCUCAUGCCCAAAGCUGCAGACCCUGCACCUCAUCUCCUGCAGCUGCAGGAGCACCGACUCGGGCACAACCUUGCCGGUGGUGGUGGACGCCCCCAGUUCAGAGAUCAGAGAGCUUGUUGUCGACAAGUGCGCAUUUCAAUGGAUACGGCUGAGGACUCUCCCCUGUCUCGAGAGCCUAGCCUCCCUGGGAACCAGAGUGUUCUUCGAGUAUAACUUGAUUCCCUCCCUGAGGCAAUGCAACUUCGCCCUGCGCCUCGGUGUCAUGCUAGAAGGCGCGCGCCAAUACUUUGCAGAGCGGCUGAAGCUAGAGCUUGACAUGUUUCUUCGGUGCACCCCCAACAUAACCAGCCUCAUUGUCAGGUUCACUGGUCCUGACAGAUGGAUCGUGCCGUCUAGCUCUCCAUUGUCGUAUUUGCCUAGCCUGAGGCGGCUGCUGGUCACGGAUGUGCCGUCUUCCUGGGAUGCUUCGUGGCCUCGUCUCUUUCUUGAGAUGACGCCUUCUCUCGAGAUCCUACACAUCAACAUUGCCUCCUGCAAGGACAAGCCUGGUAAAGAAAUUUCAUGGCAGCCCAGCGAGCUUCGGCAGCAUCACUUGAAGGAGUUUGUGGUUACUGGUUUCGAGGGAACCAAAAGGCAGAUUUACCUUGUCAAUUUCGUCGUCGGAGCAUGCACGGCGUUGCGCCGUGUCGCCUUGUUCAGGAACGGGCAUGCACAGGGAAAGGGGCUCUGGGACUGGGAGAUGGUCACGCAGCCACACUUGUGGACGGACGAGCAGAAGGACUACACGCUGAAGCACAUCAUGGAUGGGGUUUCUUCCUCACCUGUUCAACUUGUUUUUGGCUGAAUUUUGUGCGUCUUACAGGCUUCUGGUGUUCCUUACCAUAUGUGAUCUCUCGGGGACUUGAUGCGUUGUGUGGGUAUUCUUCAAUAAACUCGAAUAAUUCGAUUCACUUAAGUUCUCCAUGUCCACCGCCUAUGGUUUUCAUGUCCACCGCUCGGCUCUAGUAACAAAUAAGAUGUGGCUAGCUAGGUCUCAUCUAAAUGAGAAUUAACUAAGUCUCAUCUAACUCUUAGACCAUUUUACCUAAUAGAAGGUACAAAAAAUAUUAGGGCUCC